AUGCGUCUAGUUGGUUGGGAGGGCAAAACAAGAAAACCUUUAUCUCUCAUUGUCAUGCCAAAAACUCAACAAUCCAAUCAUUUCUCAAUGGCUUUACCUCUACUUGCAACAAUAUUUUGUGGUUCAGUUGACGGGAAUCAGCUAAUGAUUAAAAUGACAUACUCUAGGGCUUACAGUUUUGUUAUCAUUCCAAACACCAAAACCGCAAUUUGCUACAACGACUCCAUGGACAUUCUCAUCAGACUGAAGGCUGCGUCUAAACUCAGUUGUCUCAAGAAAUGUCAGGAUGCAAUUGGGAUGAACUUGAGAGGAUUCAACUACAAGAAGUCAGUGGAAUCAUGUUCGUGCGUGCCAAAGCUGGAUGUCCUGUACAACCUGACCACUGAUCUGGGUGGCGAAUGUCUGGCUUAUGUGACUCAAAAUUGCCCACCAAAAUUUGACUACGUUAUAGAGAACCACAAAUGUUACAAGUUACAAAAGGUAAUGAUCACUUGGUCUGGUGCCAGAACGCGUUGCAACAACUUUGUCUCAUCUCACCCCAUCGUUAUGGAGCAGUUCAAUGAGAUGACCGCUGCCCGCUGGUACUCCGUGUCCGUCUUUCCGUUCGAUCCAGCCAAAGAUACGGCAAGCCUUUGGACGGCUGGUUAUAGAACGUACAUCAAUGAUCUUGCUACUCCGUUUUUGUGGGAGCCAUAUCCAAGUUGGAAUGUUUUAUACGAUUCUCCGCACGUGCAUUCCUUUCCAUUUGAACUCGGUCACUACGACAGCAGUGCCAGGCACCUUGAACAUUAUACCACCGCGCCGCCAAAUGUUAUCACGGAUCAAAACACGUCAAUAAAAAAUUUCCUCUGGAGGUCCAACAACCCAAACCAGCUACAAAACGACAACACCAGCUAUUGCAUCGUGUAUAAACUGAGCUGGGAUAUCGGCUUUGAUGACAAAAAGUUGUCAAACAUUGAUUAA